AUGGAGGAUGCUGGCAAGGACGCCACCAGAUUCACUGCCCAUUCUCUGCCCAGUGACCCCCGGCUCUUGGCCACCGUGACCAAUGCAUACUUGGGCACACGUGUGUAUCAUGAGACACUGCAUGUGAGCGGUGUGUACAAUGGGGCUUUGGGGGAUACCCACCGGGCCAUUCUGCCCAGUCCCCUCAAUGUCCAGCUGGCGGCCCCUGCAGGGACAGGAGAGCAGUUAACCAAGACCUAUGUUCUGGACACUAACACAGGCUCCUUCCUGCACACCCUGGAGGGCCCCAGCUUCCGCGCCUCCCAGCGCAUCUAUGCCCACCGCACGCUGCCUCAUGUCCUGGCCUUCAGUGUGUCCAUCACCCGUCUGGCCAAGGGGAGCUGGCCCGUCACAGUGCGGCUGCAGUCAGCCUUCUCCCCAGAAAGUCCGGACCUGGACCUGCAUCUGGGUCCUGACUUCCAGGGAGCCCGGUACCUGUAUGGGCGCACGCUCACCCCCGAGCAGCCUGGGGGCGCACAGCAGGAGGUGCAUGUGCUGUGGACCCCAGUGCCCCCUGCCUUGACCCUUGGAGAAGGGCAGGAGGAUGCGACGUGGGAGUUCCUGACGGUGGUGGGUGGCAGCCAGGCUGAGGCCCAGGCCUGCCUCGCAGAGGCCCUGCAGCUGCAGGCCAGGCACGCUCUCUACACGGCCCACGCGCAGGCCUGGGCCCAGCUCUGGGCGGACUGUGGCCUGGAUGUGGAAGGGCCGCUGGCCCUGCGCCAGGCCCUGCGUGGUUCCCUCUACUACUUGCUCAGCGCCCUGCCCCAGCCCGGGGCCCCAGGAUACGUCUGCCAUGGCCUCAGCCCCGGGGGCCUCUCCAAUGGGAGCCGUGGGGAAUGCUACUGGGGCCACGUCUUCUGGGACCAGGACCUCUGGGUGCUCCCCGGUCUCCUGCUGCUCCACCCGGAGGCCGCCAAGGCUCUCCUGCAGUACCGCAUCCGGACGCUCAGCGGGGCCCUGGACAACGCCCGGAGCCUGGGCUACCAGGGAGCCAAGUUUGCCUGGGAGAGCGCGGGCUCCGGCCUGGAGGUCUGCCCUGAAGCCAUCUACGGGACCCAGGAGAUCCACGUCAAUGGGGCCGUGGUGCUGGCCUUCCAGCUGUACUACCACGCCACCCAGGACUUGGAGCUCUUCCGAGAGGCUGGUGGCUGGGAUGUGGUCAGGGCCGUGGCUGAGUUUUGGUGCAGCCGUGUAGAGUGGAGCCCUGAGGAGAAGAAGUACCACCUGAAGGGAGUCAUGCCACCUGAUGAGUACCACCCAGGGGUCAACAACUCUGUGUACACCAACGCCUUGGUCCAGAACAGCCUGCGCUUUGCUGCUGCCCUGGCCCAGGACCUGGGGCAUCCUGUCCCCACCCAGUGGUUGGUGGUGGCUGAUAAGAUCAAGGUGCCCUUUGACUCGAAACUGAACUUUCACCCUGAGUUUGAUGGGUACAAGCCUGGAGAGGAAGUGAAGCAGGCAGAUGUUGUGCUCCUGGGGUACCCUGUCCCCUUCCCCCUGAGUCCCCACAUUCGCAGGCAAAACCUGGAGAUUUAUGAAGCUGUGACGUCCCCCCACGGUCCCGCCAUGACCUGGAGCAUGUUUGCAGUGGGCUGGAUGGAGCUGAAGGACCCAGGGCGAGCAUGGGCCCUCCUGGAGAAGAGCUUCGCCAACGUCACGGAGCCCUUCAAGGUGUGGACGGAGAAUGCAGACGGAUCAGGUGCUGUGAACUUCCUGACAGGCAUGGGGGGCUUCCUGCAGGCAGUGCUCUUUGGGGUCACAGGGUUCAGGAUCACCGCGGCCGGUCUGACCUUCGACCCCACGUGUCCGGUGGGGGUCUCUGGAGUGUGUGUCUCUGGCAUCUCCUACCAGGGGAGCAGGCUUAACUUCUCCCUCUCUGCGGGCUUCGUGACAGUCGAGGUCACGGGCCAGGCGGGGCGCUGGGCCCCGUCUCUGGAAGCCGAGUUGUGGCCGUCGCGGACUCGGCUGCCCCUACCUCCAGGACGCAGAGUCUGCUUUCCCUGCUCAGCGGGCCGGAUACAAAGGUCAGGCCUGUAG